GAGCCUCCUGAAAGGGGAUUAGGCCCAGACGGACCACCUCCACUACUGGCUUGGCACGGUGCAUUCAAGCCUGAAACCAAGGCCACAAGAGUGACUGGAUACUGGCGCCAUAUUGCACAGCGGUUGUACUAACUCUCUUCCGGCGGCAGCAGCAGCAGCAGGGCGGGGUUUGUUUUGAGAGUGGACCGGAGAGAGAAGAAGACUAUACAGGGAAGAUGGCGACCGCGGGGUCUGCCGAACGGCCUGGUAGACCGGCCAACGCCGCACCAGGGAGAUCCGUCUCAGGGCCCGGAGCUAUUCGUGGUUCCGGCUCGAGCUCCGGGUUCUGUCUACCGGAGGAUGAGGUGACAAAGUGCGCUAAAUGCGCGGGACUUGAGCCCGGUGGAAGCUCACCCUGCGGACACCCGGUCUGUCCACUCUGUCUGGCCCGGAGGAACUCCAGCAGUGAGGAGCGGCUCAGGAGAAGGAGUGACCCUGAGAAAAGCAGCAGCCGACCGGGGCGGAGGGACUGCGACAGUCGCAGAGAGCUCUUCGUCUCUCCAGUUCUCCUCACAAAGUGUGCAGAGGUUUUAUCGGGUGCGACUGCCAAACAGAAACUGUUAAUGUCAUCUGAGGACAGAGACGAGGUCAGGAGACGUAAGGAUGAAGCUGUGAGACGGGAUGACUACACUGAUGAUGUUCUGGUUUGCUGUCAGGGAGUUCUCUCAGACUCAGAGAACGAAGAGCCGAUCAGCCGGAGGAUGCGGAACAUCUCUGCUUUUGUCAGAAAAGCCAAGACAUUUUCAGCCGCCACAGGUUGCUCUCAGAGGAGCCGCAGCUGUACCGACCCAGUGGAGAGCAGAGGAGGAAAAGUAAAGUUUGCCGUCCAGCCCGCCAUUAUGGACAGGGUGGGGAUCAGUCACAGGGGCAGUCACAGCUUCACCGCGGGAAUGCUCCUCUCCUCUGAGAACAGUCAGUCUGUCUUGGAGUCCAUCACCAACCCUGACCGAAGGCUGACAUGGCGGGCUGUAGUGACAUCAUCAUCACUGUCGUCUUCAACCCCUCUAUUUAUUCCUCCUUCCCGACCGGAGUGCUCCAUCAGCCCUGAAAGUAAUGACAGCAUCUCUGAGGAGCUCAACCACUUCAAGCCUAUAGUCUGCUCCCCAUGCACACCCCCCAAAAGGCUCCCAGACGGUCGCCUCAUGGAGCCGACCAUUGUGAAGUCCACGCCACGAAAUCUAACACGUGGCCUGCAGAAGUCUACGAGCUACGAGGCCAGUCCUGCUGUGCUGCAGAAGUGGAGGCAAAUCGAACUGGACCGUCAGAACCUCAAGGUGAACUCCAAAGCCACAUUGACGAGCCCUGUUGCUGAGGUCCAAAACAAGGCUCCCAGUGGAGAAGAAGCUAUAAAGGUCCGUGUUUCUGCUGGCACCGGCGAUGGUGUGACACCCAUCAACAAGCGGAAGCUCCUGUUUGAUCCCCCUACUGUAGACACAGACACUACCCAGAAACAGUCGGUGAAGAUCAGGGUUCCUGCGAUUCGCUACAGCAGUGAGAUGGUGACCUUCAGAGGCAGCUCAGACUUUGAGCCAACAGUAUUCUGUCCUGAGUCCUGCAGCGGAGGGAUGCUCUUUGGUCGGAAACAAUCUUUCUCGCCAUACUCGAAGAACUCGGGAUUCCAGUCGUGCAAAUCGGUGCCAAAGGACUCACAGAGUCCAAGGAAGGAGUCGGACAGUGGCAUCCUUAACCAGUCUACCUCAAGGCGAGGAAAGAAGAGGAAGCAGAAGACCAAACAUUUAGACUCAGACUGUGACGCUGACGUGAAAAGGAGCCGCCCACUCAGCCAGGAGGCCUUCGAUGAGCUUUCUGUCUGUACGCCAAUUCAUCAGGAACACCAGGACCACAUUUUAGCACUAAAUCUGCAGAGACAAUUUGAUUUGGAGAACCAGGCCGUCAACCACAGGGGCACCACCAGUGCAUACUUCCUGCGGUCCUGGAUGUCCAAUCAUAACCGAAGGAGGCGUGGCUUGAGGAGAUCCAGGCGUCUCAUAAAAAAGCACUAGAUCAGAUUUUUCAGCUGAUGUUGCACAAGGUCAGCCAGAAAACAGUUUCUUUAUGCAAAGUAGUGAAGGUUGAAUAAGAAUUGUUUGUAAAGAAUCAUGAGCUUAUUUUUUUAGGUUUUGUCCAUCUGCACCAGCAUGUAGCUAGAGUGGCAGUAAAAAUCAUCAGCUACAACACUUUAGUCAGAAAUGACAUCAGCUCUCUCCGCUUGCUGCCAUUGCUCUUUUCUAUUUAAUGGAUCGGGACUAAGACCAGAUUCUGGUCCUCCACCAUUCCUGCCAUUGAUGUCUUCCAGUCCGAACUUUCCUCUGAUGCUUCUGUUUUCCGUGUAGCUGUCACUGCAGACCAUGUGGACUGCAGCCUAGCCCAAACACAUUAGAAGGAGAAAACACCUAAAGUCCUGACCCUUAAUGGACCUGGACAAGCCUUCCAGAUCUGAAGGAUGUUUUUUAAGUGAGACCACAGGAGCUUUACUGAUGAACAUUUUAUAAAGUUACACUAAAGACUGGAGUCUGAAGUUGUCCGUCAGUGUUGAAGUGUGAGUUUAAAGUUGAAUGCCAAACAGCCACAGGCUGUUGAUGAUGAUGAUGGUGGUGAUGAUUGAUAUGUAUGAGGAUAAAGACCUGAGACAAC